UGAAUUCCCUCGUCACAGGAUGUUUACGCCUGGAAACGCUCGCAAACGCCAGACGCGUACGUGACGGUGCUCGUGCGUCGAUGAUCGUAGCGAGGAUUCUAAAAUGACAAGUUACCUGGUGAUCGUGACAACGUGCGAGCUGAUCACUCGGUAGACGUGCAAUUACGGACGUGACAACGCCGAUCGGCACUGCUAUCGUCAUCAUGCGCGGCGACCUCGUUCCGGCCGCCGUUUAAACCGAACAACGCAAUUCUCCGUUUUCUAUGCCGUCUUGGGCCUCUGAAUAAAUUAUGAGCGUAGACAGCGAAAACAAGUCGAACGAGGCGGCGAUAGCGCCGUACGCCUCGUCGACGGAGCCGGAAAACGGCGCCGACGGAUGUGUCGAAGGUGGCCCUGUGACUCCAGAAAUGGUGCUCCGAUUACCUACUAUUACAGAUAAAUAUCUCUGUUCACCUGAGGCCAAUGUCUAUGAUAUAGACUUCACCAGGUUCCAGAUUAGAGAUCUUGAGACUGGUGCAGUGUUGUUUGAGAUUACAAAGCCUCCUGCUAGUGAAAGUGACGUCCAUCAAGAACCAGAGCUAGAAUGUGAAGAACUAGGAUCCGAGGAUGCAAAUACAGGACGUUUUGUGCGCUAUCAAUUCACACCACAGUUUCUCAAGCUAAAAACUGUCGGGGCGACGGUCGAAUUUCUCGUAGGGCCUAAGCCGGUCAAUAAUUUUCGGAUGAUAGAACGGCACUUUUUCCGGGACAGGCUGCUGAAAACCUUCGACUUUCAAUUUGGAUUUUGCAUACCAAACAGCAAGAACACAUGCGAGCACAUCUACGAGUUUCCAACAUUGCCUGCGGAUCUGGUUUCCGAAAUGAUCGCGAAUCCGUUUGAAACACGAUCCGACUCGUUUUAUUUCGUCGACAAUCAGCUUGUGAUGCACAAUAAGGCCGACUACGCAUACAACGGUGGACACACGCACGAUGUAUUGUAGUGUGCGAUUUGUUGAUUAGUACUAUUGCAAAUU